AUGGACAUGUUAGCAGUAUUAGUUGAAAAGUUCAAAGAGUGUAAGGCUUCAGAAGAGUUUGACAAAGAAGGCCUCUUAGAAGCACAUGAGAAAUCCUUCAAGGAGAUGCGGCAGAUGGAAUCAAUGCGAGGGUGUAAUACAAUGGGGUUUACAAUCCGGAAACCGUCGGAGCAUUGGCGGCCUUCCGUCCCACUGAAAGGGCUGCGGCCCAUUAGAGCAAGGGAGCUUCAAAUCGAUAAGCACCAUAAGGGAAGCGUUGUCAUCGGAACGCUGUGUGCUGAUCCGCUAAGGAUGGUCGCCAUUAUGACUAUCUUGGAAGACCAGUAUGGAGAUGCUGUUCGACUUGCAAUAUGCAACACUUCAACCAAUCAAAGUGCGAGCAGUCUUUAUCCCAAAGUCUCCAAGGUUGCAAUCAAACAGCCUUACUUUAAGCAAGGCUCCCAAGAUGACGCGCUUAUGCUGCGCGUUGAUAAUCCUCAAAACGUUGAGAUUUUGGCUUCCUUUCCAGGUCAUUGGCUAAGAGUUUGCUUGAAUUGCGCAAUAAAGGCAACAAAUGCUUCCGAGAUGAGGAUUGGAACAAGGCGAUAG